UAUUUGAACAUCGUUAAUGGUCAGACACGGUGCCCUUCUCCGGUCGCCCGAAAGCGACCAGCAUCCCAGUCGCUGAGGGGCCGUCAUCCCAAGUGACAAUUUUACCCAUCCCAGGUCGGCAUAAAAGCCGGCAUUUGCGAGGGCAUCUCCGUCAUAUCAUCUAACCUUUCCCUUCCGCCCCCCACUCUGCUUCGAAGCCCCCUCUCGUUCUCUUUCUUUUUCUUUUCUUGAAAUGAUCCUCUCUCUUUCUCUCUCUGGGAAACCCUAGCCUCCUUCGAUCGGAGACCCCAAAUCCUAUCAUGGCGAGGAGAUCGCUGCCCCUUCUCCGGCACCUCCUCCACGACUCUACUGUCGCCGCUGCCGCCCCUCCUCCUCAGCCUCUGGGUCUCGCCGGGAGCCGGCGAUCCGUGACGUACAUGCCCCGCCCCGGAGACGGCGCGCCAAGGGCGGUCACCCUCAUCCCCGGCGACGGAAUCGGCCCCCUGGUCACCGACGCCGUCCGGCAGGUCAUGGAGGCCAUGCACGCCCCUGUCUAUUUCGAGGCCUACGAGGUUCACGGCGACAUGAGCACCGUCCCGGCGGAGGUCAUCGAGUCGAUCCGGCGGAACAAGGUCUGCCUCAAGGGCGGUCUCGCCACCCCCGUCGGAGGAGGUGUCAGCUCCCUCAACGUCCAGCUGAGGAAGGAGCUCGAUCUCUAUGCUUCGCUCGUCAACUGCUUCAACCUUCCCGGGCUGCCAACGAGGCACGAGAACGUCGAUAUCGUCGUAAUCAGGGAGAACACCGAGGGAGAGUACUCGGGGCUUGAGCACGAGGUCGUCCCUGGCGUCGUGGAAAGCCUCAAGGUGAUUACAAAGUUCUGUUCGGAGCGAAUUGCAAAAUAUGCUUUUGAGUAUGCUUACCUUAACAACCGCAAGAAAGUCACAGCUGUGCACAAGGCCAACAUUAUGAAGCUUGCGGAUGGUCUAUUUUUAGAAUCUUGUCGUGAGGUUGCAACAAAAUAUCCUGGGAUAAAGUAUAAUGAAAUUAUUGUUGACAACUGCUGUAUGCAGCUUGUUUCAAAGCCUGAGCAGUUUGACGUAAUGGUCACUCCAAAUCUUUAUGGCAAUUUGGUGGCGAAUACAGCUGCAGGAAUUGCUGGAGGCACUGGUGUCAUGCCAGGAGGUAAUGUUGGUCAGGAUCAUGCAAUUUUUGAGCAGGGUGCUUCUGCAGGCAAUGUGGGUAAUGAGAAGCUAGUGGAGCAGAAGAAAGCAAAUCCAGUGGCCCUGCUUCUAUCAUCUGCCAUGAUGCUGAGACAUCUUCAGUUCCCAUCAUUCGCUGAUCGACUAGAAACUGCUGUCAAGCGUGUGAUUGCAGAAGGCCGAUACAGGACGAAAGAUUUAGGUGGCAAUGGUACCACCCAAGAAGUAGUUGAUGCAGUCAUUGCAAAUUUGGACUAACUGCACCGUGGCCGACACCCCAUAGGUUUUGGAGCAACAGGCUUAUACUUGCCUUGGAGUAUUAAUUUGUAUUCCUUUUAUUAUUUUAAUAUGGCAUCGUUAAAGAUUCCUUCAUGGAAUCUGAAUAGCAUGAGUUUUUAUUUUCCUUUUUCAAUAAUUGAACUGAAGAAUUGGCCAAUCAAGAGUAACCUGACGGAUAACAUUUUCAGUUAAGGUGAUGUCACUUGCAAGCUAUGGUGUACAAGCCAACCUGCAAAGAAACAGUCGGCGCACAAUUUACCGAUCGUACAAGUGGCUCUCGCCCCUCUAAUUCUCCAAAUUCUCCUUUACCAAAUCAAAGAACUCUCUCAUGCUCCAUCCUAAGAAAGAGGGUGUAACUGGGUGAGACCGCAACAUUGAUUGGAAUCGCUGGUUUUGGUUCAGUUUAGAUCAGAUUUUUCAGGUUGGCUUCCCCACUGUUUUGCUCGGUCGCUAUCAACAUCUCCAACGUUGUGUAGUCUCUCUCUCGGCGUUGACCAAGCAAGGCGAUACCUUAGAUGUAGAUUGUUGCUCGAGGAAGCGAGAGGGACGUGCUUCUGCUGAUCUCAUUGAGAGAUGUUGCGGCAUUGGAUUUGAAGACUCAAGGAUCCAGCAUGCUGUGAUGGUCUUGGACCUUUCUUAAUGUUGCCCAAUUCUAACAUGCCAAUCAUGAGAUGACAUGUGGGACUAAGCCAACAAGUAUUUCUGGACUGAACCUGAUCACUAUGAGAUUAAUUUAUAUCUUAUUUAGUACUCAGGAGCACAAUAUUGAUGGGACAAGGACUCUGUUUAUAAAAUUUUAUUCUUUUG